CCCCCGGCCCCCGCGCCCCCAGCCCCGGGGAGCCCGGCCCCCCGCCCCGCGUCCCCGCCGACAGACUUAACAGGACGUCAGCAUGAGCUGGUCGCCUUCGCUGCCCACCCAGACCUGCGGGGCCUGGGAAAUGAAAGAACGCCUGGGAACUGGGGGCUUCGGAAACGUCAUGCGCUGGCACAAUCAGGAGACAGGCGAGCAGAUCGCCAUCAAGCAGUGCCGGCAGGAGCUGAGCCCGCGGAACCGAGAGCGCUGGUGUCUGGAGAUCCAGAUCAUGAGAAGGCUGAACCACCCCAACGUGGUGGCCGCCCGGGAUGUCCCCGAGGGGAUGCAGAACUUGGCGCCCAACGACCUGCCCCUGCUGGCCAUGGAGUACUGCCAAGGAGGAGACCUCCGCAAGUACCUGAACCAGUUUGAGAACUGCUGCGGCCUGCGGGAAGGAGCCAUCCUCACCUUGCUGAGCGACAUUGCCUCUGCACUUAGAUACCUCCAUGAGAACAGAAUCAUCCACCGAGAUCUGAAGCCGGAGAACAUUGUUCUGCAGCAAGGAGAGCAAAGAUUAAUACACAAAAUCAUCGACCUGGGAUACGCCAAGGAACUGGAUCAGGGCAGCCUUUGUACCUCCUUUGUGGGGACCCUGCAGUACCUGGCCCCGGAACUGCUGGAGCAGCAGAAGUACACGGUGACAGUGGACUACUGGAGCUUCGGCACCUUGGCCUUCGAGUGCAUCACCGGCUUCCGACCCUUCCUUCCCAACUGGCAGCCUGUGCAGUGGCACUCGAAAGUCCGGCAGAAGAGUGAGAUGGACAUUGUUGUCAGUGAAGACUUGAACGGCACAGUGAAGUUUUCCAGCUCUUUACCCUACCCCAACAAUCUUAACAGCGUACUAGCCCAGCGCCUGGAAAAGUGGCUGCAGCUGAUGCUGAUGUGGCAUCCCCGGCAGAGGGGCACGGACCCCGCGUACGGGCCCAACGGCUGCUUCAAGGCCCUGGACGACAUCUUAAACCUCAAGCUGGUUCACAUCCUGAACAUGGUCACGGGCGCCGUUCACAGCUACCCAGUGUCGGAGGACGAGAGCCUGCAGAGCUUACAGGCCAGAAUCCAGAGUGACACGGGCAUCUCCCAGCAGGACCAGGAGCUCCUGCAGGAGGCAGGUCUGGCCUUGGUCCCCGACAAGCCCGCCACGCAGUGCAUUUCCCACGGCAAGCUAAACGAAGGCCGCACCCUGGACAUGGAUCUUGUUUUUCUCUUUGACAACAGCAAAGUCGCCUAUGAGACUCAGAUCUCCCCGCGGCCCCAGCCCGAGAGCGUCAGCUGUAUCCUUCAGGAGCCCAAGAGGAAUCUCCCUUUCUUCCAGCUGAGGAAGGUGUGGGGCCAGGUCUGGCACAGCAUCCAGACCCUGAAGGAGGACUGCAACCGGCUGCAGCAGGGCCAGCGAGCUGCCAUGAUGAACCUCCUCCGUAAUAACAGCUGCCUCUCCAAGAUGAAGAAUUCUAUGGCUUCCAUAUCCCAGCAGCUCAAGGCCAAGUUGGACUUCUUUAAGACCAGCAUCCAGAUCGACCUGGAGAAGUACAGCGAGCAAACCGAGUUUGGGAUCACAUCAGAUAAACUGCUGCUGGCCUGGAGGGAAAUGGAACAGGCGGUGGAGCUGUGUGGGCGGGAGGAUGAAGUGAAGCAUCUGGUGGAGCGGAUGAUGGCCCUGCAGACCGACAUCGUGGACCUGCAGAGGAGCCCCAUGGGCCGGAAGCAGGGGGGCACGCUGGACGACCUAGAGGAACAAGCCAGGGAGCUUUACAGGCGGCUGCGAGAAAAACCGCGAGACCAGCGCACGGACGGCGACAGCCAGGAGAUGGUGCGGCUGCUGCUGCAGGCCAUCCAAGGCUUUGAGAAGAAAGUGCGGGUGAUUUACACGCAGCUCAGCAAAACCGUGGUCUGCAAGCAGAAGGCGCUGGAGCUGCUGCCCAAGGUGGAAGAGGUGGUGAACUUGAUGAAUGAGGAUGAGAAGACCGUGGUGCGGCUGCAGGAGAAGCGGCAGAAGGAGCUGUGGAACCUCCUGAAGAUUGCCUGUAGCAAGGUCCGCGGUCCUGUCAGCGGAAGUCCGGACAGCAUGAACGCGUGUCGACUCAGCCACCCUGGGCAGCUCAUGUCUCAGCCUUCCCCUGCCUCCGAUGGCCCACCUGAGCCGGUCAAGAAGAGUGAAGACCUGGUGGCUGAAGCGCAUUCUCUCUGCACCCAGCUGGAAAGCGCAAUGCAGGACACCGUGAAGGAGCAGGACCAGAGUUUCAUGACUCUUGACUGGAGCUGGUUACAGUCGGAGGAGGAGGAGCAGAGCAGGCCGGAGCAGGCGGUGUGACCCACAUGGCGGCGGCUCUCCUGCAGCAGCUCCUGGACAGGGCUGUCCCCUUCCAGCCGCCGGGACGCUCACCUGGACCGAAGGCGUGGCCCUCAGCAAGCAGUGCCGGCCCCUCGUCUGUGCACUGGAAGCCCUGCACCCCGAGGCCCGGCCAGCGCUGAGACCUGUCUCAAGCACCCAGGGAAGCGAAGCCACAGCAGCUGCUCCCUCCACCAUGAAGAAAGUGCUCAAGGUACAGUGUGCCUGGCACACCACCGGGCGGUGCCUUCACACGAACCUUUUGGAACAGAGUCUGGGCGGCACCUGGUGCUGGCCUGUCCCCUCCUGACCCCCACUCCGCCCCCAGCUCCAGAGGCCCGAGCCGCCUGUCCUCCGUCACCUCACAGCUAGUGUCUCAUCCGGAUUCGGCUUCUCUUAAACAGACUUUUAACCAUGGAUUUGGCCUGGCCGCAGCCCCUCUUCCUGUUGUUUCACUGCUGCUAACAUUGUAUUUUUACUACUAGUUUGGUGGUCGUCCUCUUUUUCAGCAAGGCUGUAGUGACUGGUGAGUGCCACCCACCCUGCCUUGCCCCACCACUGGCCAAAGUGACUCACUGGGGCCAGGAUGGAACAGUGCCUGCCUUUCUUGAGUUCCAAAGAUUACCUGGGAGUGAUUUGUCAUGGAGAAGAAAAGGAGGAAGAGGUGUCUGUCAGUUACUGUCCUGUGCCCCCUGCCCACCUCUCCCUCCAUCCAUGCACAAGCACAGCUGGGUGUGAUGGUGGUGGCACGGGAGUGCCCUGCCUCUCACAACAUCUAGCAGUAUUAUUAAAUGGAUUUAUUUUUUGAA